CCGAGGAGGGGCCGGGGCCGGAGGCGGGCGGUGAUCGGCGCGGCCGCUGCCUCCUCCUGCCUCUCUCUGCGUUCCCGGUGCCUCUCUCCUGACCGGCCGCUGCCUGCAGGGCGCGGGGCCGGGCCCGCUGCGGAGCUGCCGCGAUUUCUACACCAUAUUCUUAUUGAACACUGCAAUGGGCCCUCCUCAGCUCUGCCUCAAGAUGCUGGUAUAGCAGCAGGUGGCUGUGAUCCAGAGGACCUGUGGUGGGACACUGUUUCCCACUGGGACAUCAUUCCCCACCGCUCUCUUGGCAGAAGCAAUGGAUGCCCAUGUGGACCUCCUGACCGAGCUGCAGCUGCUGGACAAGGUGCCCACGCUGGAGAGGCUGCGGGCAGCCCAGAAGCGGAGGGCUCAGCAGCUGAAGAAGUGGGCACAGUAUGAGAAGGAGAUGCAGCACAAGAAGAGGAAGCAUGAAAAGAAGAGAAAUGCUGUGAACCGAAAGAAAGUAUCUUUUGAAGCCAGCGUUGCUCUGCUGGAGGCUUCUCUGAGGAACGACGUGGAGGAAGUGUGUUACUUGCUGAAGAGCAACAUCAGCCCUGACCUGUGCAAUGAGGAUGGAUUAACUGCGCUGCAUCAGUGCUGCAUAGACAACUAUGAAGACAUAGUCAAACUUCUCCUCAACCAUGGGGCCAAUGUCAAUGCCAAGGACAAUGAGCUGUGGACUCCACUGCAUGCAGCAGCUACAUGUGGUCAUAUCAACCUGGUGAAGAUCCUCAUCCAGCAUGGAGCAGACCUGUUGGCAGUAAAUGCAGAUGGCAACAUGCCGUAUGACCUCUGUGAAGAUGAGCCAACUUUGGAUGUCAUUGAGACUUGCAUGGCCUAUCAAGGGAUUACACAGGAAAGGAUCAAUGAGAUGCGUGCUGCUCCAGAGCAGGUCAUGAUCUGUGACAUUCAUGACAUACUUGCGACUGGACAGGACCUGAACAGGACUGAUGCCCAAGGUGCUACGCUGCUGCAUAUAGCUGCAGCCAAUGGUUAUCUGCAUGCAGCUGAAGUCCUUCUUGACCAGGGGGCAAGCCUGGACGUUAAAGACUGGGAUGGCUGGGAACCUCUUCAUGCUGCUGCUUUCUGGGGACAGAUGCAGAUGGCUGAGUUACUUGUGUCCCAUGGGGCUAGUUUGAGUGCCAGAACAUCUUUGGAUGAGAUGCCAAUAGAUCUGUGUGAAGAGGAGGAAUUCAAAGUAUUGCUUCUGGAGUUGAAACACAAACAUGAUGUGAUCAUGAAGUCUCAGAUGAGGCAUAAAUCCUCCCUGAGUCGAAGGACCUCCAGCACAGGCAGCCGGGGGAAGGUGGUGAGGAGGGCCAGCCUUUCGGACAGGACAAACCUUUACAGGAAGGAGUGUGAGAAAGAGGCCAUUGUUUGGCAGCAACUGGGGGCAGCAGAAGAAGGAAGAAACUCGGGUCUCAUUGGAGAAAUUGGGGAGACUCGUUCUGACCAGGAGAAUACAGACCCUAACUCAGUGCUGGAGAAUUCCUCCCUCCUUCCGGAGUUAGCAAACAAAAGCACCCAGUGUGACUCUGAGAUCCCACUCCAGAAUGGACUCAUGGCAUCUGCCAGCCCUUACCAGUACACCUUUUCCAACGGGGACAUUUGGAGCAUGCACGCUGACCCCAACAGUAACCCAGGCCACGUGCUGCCCUACGGCAGCCCUGGGCUCCCUGACACCCAGCAGUUCUGGGGCACCUACAAGGAGCACAACCACCAAACGCUCUCAGAACUGAAGAGGCAGCGGGCUGCAGCCAAACUCCUCCAGCACCCUUUCCUCAGCACCCACUUCAGCAGUGGCAUGGCAGGAGUUGCUGAGAACAUGGGUGAGGCAAAGUCGCACUUAAUGGAAUCCAGGACUUCUCCCUACAGCUCAAAUGGGACCUCAGUGUAUUACACAGUGUCCAGUGGUGAUCCGCCCCUCUUGAAAUUCAAAGCUCCCAUGGAGGAAAUGGAAGAGAAGGUGCAUGGGUGCUGCAGAAUUUCCUAGUCUUGUCUGUGUCUCUCCCCAGAGAAAACAAGAUGUGGGUGGGCUGGUUGGAUCUAUCUCAGCUGCCAGGUUGUUUGCAUUCCAAAGGGAGAAUUUAGUUAUGGACAUCCUGACUGUGGCAACCUCGUUCAUCCUGAAUUGUACUUUACCCUGCCAAUUACUUACAUUGCAGCUGAAUGAGUAACGCAGGUGGAGCAAGGCUUUUAGCAGAGGAAGGGAUGAACAUCAAUAUAAUGUAAAAAGAGUCUCCCUCAUCUUGCUCCCUGGGGAAGAAGGUAUCAUGCACUGCCUCCCCAUCCUUGGAAAGUCAUGAGAUGCCUUGGAACAAAGAAAGGAUCUGGAUUAAAAUCUUUGCAUCUGAGCCUCUUGCUGCAAGUCAUCCAACAGCUGGAAGGUGACAGUUCAGACCUGCAUUUUCACCCUUGGGUGAUGCACAUACCUUGGAGGGGAGGUCAACCCCCACAUAGGGUUUGCAAGAGCUGUUUUGCAUCCAGCUGGUUCCAGCACUUUCUGGGCCUGAGCAACAAGGAAGCGUAGAUGCUGCACUUAGGAAGUUUGCAAGGCAUUAUCUCCUUGCAGUGACAGCUCACCAUCAAGAACUGUGCACUGGCUGGGUCCUGUUCAGGUGUCAGCUCGUCACUGCAGGCUGCCUUCAGGUUUGAAGCAGAACUUUUCCUGGAACAGGCUUCACUCAGUAGGCUUUAAAACUGAUGUUGCAAUAAGGGGCCCUGGCAAUAGAAUUUUACUGCAAUAAAAUACUGGCAAAGGUCUAUAUUGGGAUAAGUAAUUAAAAAAAACAACUUAUUUGUACUAUUUAGACUCUUAAUUUGUUAAAACCGAAAAGACUUUUGUUGAUCUCACUUUCCUAUUGAUUCUGUUUGUUUACUCUAUAUGCUCAACACAGAUACUAGGGGCAGUGUGCUUUGCAAUCUGAUUUUUUUUUGGAUUUCCAGAACUGCAGGGCUCAGGAGGGGUGAGGAGGAAAGGCUUGUCAACACUAAUGUAGAAACGCCGUGAAACCAUUUCUAAUCCCAUAAUGUGAUGACACUUGCAUUAACCUCUAGUGUUUGGCUCAUAAAUAACAGUUAAACCAUUGCUAUGGUAGUUCACUGUUGCAGCAGGACAGGAGAUUUUUUUGGUCUGUUUUCCAGCUCCCAUGUUGAAGUUGUCAGCAGUGAUUAGCAGCUGUCAGCAGAACAUUUAAAUGCCUCUGUGUCUGAAGGAGUUGCCUUGCACCAUGCCGUGCUUAGCAAAGCCUCUCUGCUGUGAAGCUGCUGGCACACAACACUGUCUUUUGGUGCAGUCCAUGUGAGCUCUGAGAGACCACCCGAGAAACACUAGGAUGGGCUUCUCAGCAAGUUCAGGCUUUGUGUACCUGGGGGAGGUGAGAGGAGAGUGCCCCAUGGGACACAGCUCUGAGGAACUGGCCACAGUUCAGUUGUAUCUACAGCAGUAACUGUAAAUCUUCAACCUCUUUUCUGCACAGAGGGGCUGUUGCAAAUGUAACUAUUUGCCUGCAUGAAUACUUGUCUUCUUGGGCAACUUAAAUUCCAGACUGAAGAUAUAAACCUGUUUGUGUCUCUGUAAGCCAUCAGUGGAUUAAAUCCAGCUCAUCUAGUUGUGCUUCAGCCAAGCAACAGCAAAUGCAGCUUCCACCCAUCUUUUUAUCGGGUGGCUGUUAGACAUCAAUAUUAUCCUUCACAUGUGCGUUCCCUCUGUGGGAAUCCUCACAGCCUUAACUUUUUUCUAGGCUAUAAAGAUUUGACUUAGGCUGCCAGUGACUGUUAAGUGCUACCUUCUGCUCCCAUCAAAUCUAGCCCAUUGCUGGGGCUGGAUAUAUUACAAUACAGGGCUCUGGGCUUCUUGAGGCAGCAGCAGUGGCUGUGUGUCACCACCACAGCCACACCAUGCAGGAAACACUUGUGGACCUGUGAGGUCAUUACCAGACUGACAGUUUACUCUUUCUUUCCUCACCAAUCUUAGGAACAAACUAGAAUAUGGCAGAAGCUGACCCAAUUAAUUUAAAACUUCAGUUCUGUUAAAGGCAGGGUUUGAAGCGUUCAGUGAAGUUGGGCUUCCUCCAUUAUUGAAAUACAUAUGCUAAAUAUGAGACUGGAAAAUACUUCUUGUACUUGACUUUAAGAUUAAGGGAUUUUAAAAGUCAGUCUCUAGUAGAAAGAGGAUGAUUUGGUAACUGGAGAGACUUUCCUGCAUCUGUGUGUGCUUAAUAGUGGGUCUUCCAGUUACCCUGAGUAAAUUCUUCUGUGAUAACACCAAGUGUGGCCUGGUUAUUAUGGAACAUAGGGGAGAUGAUCUUUUGGGUGCCUCUCUUCUCCCGCAGUGGUGAGGUUUGUCUUUCCAAAUCCGUCCUAAUGAGACUUUUGAAUUCACUGUAACAAAUUUUGGUGCCACUCUCCACUGGGUUGUAAAUGGUGCAAACUUUGGGCCCAGAUUUGCCUUCCCUCCUAGCGAAGGAGGAGUUGGGCCCUUUUCCUUUUCAGAGCAAUUCUGUGCUAUCAACUGUAUUGAAUCCUACCUAACUCCAAGGAAAUGAAAAGAAGAGUGUUGAAUGCAAUAGUGUGAAGUAGUUUAACUCUUGCUUUCACUGAGAGUUGCUAAAGCAUUAAAACUGUGGGAAACCAGUUCAUUUUAGACUAACAGCUCUUUUGCUUCCAUUGGUAUUUCACUCUAGGAAUAAGGCCUUUUACUGUAAAAUUUAGCAAUGUUACAACAACAGUGGGGUUUGAUAUCUAUAUGUUUUAAAGGGCAGUAACCCAAAGGUUUUAGUUGUUCAGAUUGUGCAAAGAUUUAACAUUAAUGUAUUGAUGGGUCUAUUGCAAGCAGAGCUCCACAAGAAUAACCCUUUUGCUCACCACAUCUUCCUGUGUGCUGAAAUCAUACUGUUUCUAACAAACAAACUGGUUGCUGAGAGCAGCUUUACAUUCCAUAUUGAAAGGCACUUUUUAUAUCGAAAAAAAGGUGUCUUUCAAAAUAAUGUCUCUGUCAGCCAAGAAAGUCACAGCACUGAAAUAUUACAUAAGGGCUUAAGUUCCAUUCCUGGGAUCUGUUUGACAUCAGACCUGGAUUUGUAUUUCACAUACCAAGUAAUGCGAUUUCAGCCCACUUAGUCUCACUUCUUUGGUACUCCUGAAUCUUAAAAUCUUCCCACUUUUGGGAAGAACUGACUCUAGCUGUUGUGAUUCUGUGCCAUCUUGCAGAUGUGGUUGAAGAACCAUGUGGAUGAGGAACUGGUAGGGAAGGAGAAGAGCAUAUCAGGGCAACAGCAAUAAUGACUUGGUGCAAUACUCAGUGGAGGCAAUGAAUUCUGGAGUUUAUUGAGCAGAGUCUUAUUUCAUGGGGUUGAAAUCACUUACGAGCUCCCAAAUGGCAUUACAAUUUCUGUAUAGUGUCCUUUUGCUUCAGUCUUGGAGCUCUGAUUACCCAGAUCUUCUCUGCUGAAACUAGAUCAGCAAUCCCAUAGAAAAGGGACUAUCUGGACCAAGAAAGCAAUAGCACUGCUCUCCAGUGAGCUGUGGAUGAACUGCUGUCUAUCUGCUGAAAGGUAUUCUCCCUACACCUGGGUAUUUCUGUGCCUUAUAAUACUUGCUAAAGGUAACCCAUCUCUGAAAGGUUUAUGGUGACUAUACAGUGUUGUUCUUUAACUUUAGGCUGUUUGCAAGGCGAUAAAAGUUCAGAACGUGCCAGAUUUUGACAUUAUUAUUUGCUCUUUCAGUUUCUCUUGUGAUCGCCACUUCUCUCUUCCUAAAUACACAGAAAGGAAAUGCACAGGGUCUUCAUUCUACUUUAACAAAUCAUGUUGACUACUUUGUAUUAGUUCUCUACAGGCAGAAUCCAGAACACGCUCAUAGCAGCAAGGUCUCACCUCUUACUACAGAAUACAGCUAAUAUUUACUUCUUUUGUUCUGUUUUGCCUGUGGCUGGUACAACAGAACACUGUCCCUGGUUGUUUUUCACACUUAUUCUACUGUUUUCAUGUUGGCCAAACUGGUAAUGGCUUUCUCAUUUCCCUCACACAAUUCUAGUACCACUGGGCUCUCCAGCAACAUCUGCCAUGGUACAAGUACAACCUAGAAUAUUUUGCUUUAUUUCAACUGUGGAAGCUGUAGUAGAGGAGACUCUGCUCAAGAUACCUGUUCCCAAAGCUGCACCAAUGCAAUUAUCUCCACCUGCAGCUGGAGGGGAGUUACAGGUUUUUAAACAGUGCAGAUGCAGCCUUAGUAUUGCCACUGCUAUGUCUUCAGCCUUUAGAUUGCAGUGUGAGAGUGGAUGCAGGAAUGUGGGUAACCCUGGUACAGCAUGGCAGGACUGCUGUGUGUACAGGACAUUAACAGAUGAUGACAAGCCUUCUGCAAUAACUCAUAAUUCUGUCGAUCAGUAGUAAACGAUGUACAAAUAAAACUUGAUGAAAUGUAUUUUAUGUGAAAAAAAAAUGUAAGAACUGUAUAUUGUAUUAGCAGCUUUGUGUAUAAAAUGGCAUUUUGGCAAUCAGAGUCUAAUAUAUUUAAACUUUUUUUAAAAAAGGAUAUUUGAUAUUGUAUGGAAUUGACUUUAUUGCUACUGUAAGUAUGAAGAUGGUUUAACAUGAUGAAGACAUGCAUAAAAUCCUAAACUUUAUGUAAAACUCAUGCCAAAAGGGUAUGUCUGACAGUAUUAGCACCUGACUCAGUGUCUUUAAUAGAUUGAAUUUUUUAAUUUAAAAAUUAUAUUAAAUUUCUUUUAAUAAUACCAAAA